AUGGAGCUGGAAAAGCAAUCGAAACCGACUGUCUCGUAUCAUUUGUUUCUCUAUCGCGAGGAACUGGCCAGACGUCAGCGACGUCAGUUGCGGCUUUCCCGCACCAAGAUCGAGAUCACGGACGAGCUCAUCUCGAAGACGGUGCGCAACAUCAAAAGCUGCAGCAUGGACGAUCUAAAGGCGGUCAAUCGGGAGCUGCUCUUCAAACGGAAACUGCGACACAAUGUCUCCAAGCUACGCAAACAAGCCAAGCAGCAAUAG